AUGCCUCGUGGACUCAAUGCGGCGCGCAAGCUGCGCAUGAACCGUAAGGACCAGAAGUGGGCCGAUCUCGGAUACAAGAAGCGUGCCCUCGGUACCGCUUUCAAGUCCUCCCCCUUCGGUGGUUCCUCCCACGCCAAGGGCAUCGUCCUCGAGAAGGUCGGUGUCGAGGCCAAGCAGCCCAACUCCGCUAUCCGAAAGUGCGUUCGUGUUCAGUUGAUCAAGAACGGCAAGAAGGUCACUGCUUUCGUCCCCAACGACGGUUGCUUGAACUUCGUCGACGAGAACGACGAGGUCCUCCUGGCCGGUUUCGGUCGCAAGGGCAAGGCCAAGGGUGAUAUUCCCGGUGUCCGUUUCAAGGUCGUCAAGGUCUCUGGUGUCGGUCUGCUCGCUCUGUGGAAGGAGAAGAAGGAGAAGCCCAGAUCCUAA